AUGUCUCCGUCCUGCUGCCCGCGGGACAACGAUGGACCCAGCAGAGACCAGAGUCUCUUGAACCUGAACCUGAACCUGAACCCAGCGGUGUGUCCUUUAAGAGCGACCGGUCAAAACAACGGUAUAUUAGUUUUAAAGGAGAGCAACCCUCUGCUGAAAAGAGAGCAAAGGAGGAGCAGAGAGGCAUUUCUGAAGAUCACACUGCACUUCUUGAGGAGAAUGAAGAAGGAGGAGCUGGCUGACCGUCUGCAGAGCAGUAAGAUUUGUAAACGUAAACUCAAAUCUAACCUAAACAAGAAGUUCCAGUGCGUGUUUGAGGGGAUUGCUAAAGCAGGAAACCCAACCCUUCUGAAUCAGAUGUUCACACAGAUCUACAUCAUGGAGGGAGGGACUGCAGAGGUCAAUGAUGAACAUGAGGUCAGGCAGAUUGAAACAGCAUCCAGGAAACCAGACAGACCAGAAACAAUAAUCAGAUGUGAAGACAUCUUUAAAGCCCCACCUGGAAGAGAUGAACCAAUCAGAACAGUGAUGACAAAGGGAGUGGCUGGCAUCGGGAAAACAGUCCUAACACAGAAGUUCACUCUGGACUGGGCAGAAGACAAAGCCAACCAGGACAUCCAGUUCAUAUUUCCAUUCACUUUCAGAGAGCUGAACGUGCUGAAAGAGAAAAGGUACAGCUUGGUGGAACUUGUUCAUCGCUUCUUCAGUGAAAUCACAGAAGCAGGAAUCUGCAGGUUUGAAGAGUUCCAGGUUGUGUUCAUCUUUGACGGUCUGGAUGAGUGUCGACUUCCUCUGGACUUCCGCAACACUGAGAUCCUGACUGAUGUUACAGAGUCCGCAUCAGUGGGUGUGCUGCUGACAAACCUUAUCAGGGGGAAUCUGCUUCCCUCUGCUUUCCUCUGGAUAACUACACGGCCUGCAGCAGCCAAUCAGAUCCCUGCUGAUUGUGUUGACAUGGUGACAGAGGUCAGAGGGUUCACUGACCAACAGAAGGAGGAGUACUUCAGUAAGAGAUACACAGACGGGGAGCAGGCAAGCAGAAUCAUCUCCCACAUCAAGACAUCACGAAGCCUCCACAUCAUGUGCCACAUCCCAGUCUUCUGCUGGAUAACUGCUACAGUUCUGGAGGACGUGUUGAAGACCAGAGGGGGAGGAGAGCUGCCAAAGACCCUGACUGAGAUGUACAUCCACUUCCUGGUGGUUCAGUCCAAACUGAAGAACAUCAAAUACGGUGGAGGAGCUGGGACCGAUUCAAACUGGAAUAAAGAGACAAAGAAGAUGAUUGAGUCUCUGGGGAAACUGGCUUUUGAGCAGCUGCAGAAAGGCAACCUGAUCUUCUAUGAAUCAGACCUGAAAGAUUGUGGCAUUGAUAUCACAGCAGCCUCAGUGUACUCAGGAGUGUUCACACAGAUCUUUAAAGAGGAGAGAGGACUGUACCAGGACAAGGUGUUCUGCUUCGUCCAUCUAAGUGUUCAGGAGGUUCUAGCUGCUCUUCAUGUCCAUCUGACAUUCAUCAACUCUGGAGUCAACCUGCUGUCAGAUUUACAAACAUCAUCGAAGUGGUCUAAAGUGUUCGGAGACAAAUCAACACGUUUCUAUCAGAGUGCUGUGGACAAGGCCUUACAGAGUCCAAAUGGACACCUGGACUUGUUCCUCCGCUUCCUCCUGGGUCUUUCACUGCAGUCCAAUCAGAAUCUCCUACGAGGCCUGAUGACACAGACAGGAAGUAGCUCAGAGACCAAUCAGGAAACAGUUGAGUACAUCAAGAAGAAGUUCAGUGAGAAUCUGUCUGCAGAGAGAAGCAUCAAUCUGUUCCACUGUCUGAAUGAACUGAAUGAUGGGUCUCUAGUGGAGGAGAUACAAUGGUUUUUGAGCUUAGGAAGUCUCUCCACAGAUAAUCUGUCUACUGCUCAGUGGUCAGCUCUGGUCUUCAUCUUACUGUCAUCAGAAGAAGAUCUGGACGUGUUUGACCUGAAGAAAUACUCUGCUUCAGAGGAGGCUCUUCUGAGGCUGCUGCCAGUGGUCAAAGCCUCCAACAAAGCUCUAAUUAGUGGCUGUAACUUAUCAGAGAGAAGCUGUGAAGCUUUGUCCUUAGUUCUCACCUCCCAGUCCUCUAGUCUGAGAGAGCUGGACAUGAGUAACAACGACCUGCAGGAUUCAGGAGUGAAGCUGAUCUCUGAUGGACUGAAGAGUCCACACUGCACACUGGAGACUUUCAGUCUGUCAGGCUGUCUGAUCUCAGAGGAAGGCUGUACUUCUCUGGUCUCAGCUCUGAGCUCCAAUCCCUCCCAUCUGAGAGAGCUGGACCUGAGCUACAAUCAUCCAGGAUACUCAGGGGUGAAGCUACUGUCAGCGGGACUGGAGGAUCCUUUCUGGAGACUAAACACUCUCAGGGUGGAGCCUGCUGGAGUCAGAUGGUUGACACCAGGUCUGAGGAAGUAUUCCUGUGAACUCACACUCGACACAAACACAGUGAACAGAAACCUCAAACUGUCUGACAACAGGAAGGUGACACGUGUGGAGGAGUAUCAGCCAUAUCCUGAUCAUCCAGAGAGGUUUGACUACUGGCCUCAGCUGCUGUGUAGAGAUGGUCUGACUGGUCGCUGUUACUGGGAGGUUGAGAGGAGAGGAGAGGUUAAUAUAGCAGUGAGUUACAGAGGAAUGAGGAGGAGAGGACAGAGUGAUGACUGUGUGUUUGGAGGUAAUGAUCAGUCCUGGAGUCUGAACUGCUCUGAUGGUCGUUACUCUGUCUGGCACAAUAACAGAGAAACAUCCAUCUCCUCCUCCUCUGUCUCUGGUAGAGUAGCAGUGUAUGUGGACUGUCCAGCUGGCUCUCUGUCCUUUUACAGAGUGUCCUCUGACUCACUGAUCCACCUCCACACCUUAAACACCACAUUCACUCAACCUCUUUAUCCUGGGUUCUGGCUCAGGUCUCCUGGUUCCUCAGUGUCUCUGUGUCAUGUGUAG